AUGUGGACCAUCUUGGUGAUCAUCUUCGGGAUUUCAGCUGUUCUGAUCAGGGCUGUCCCUCCUGUCUGCGACCUCCUGAGUGUCUUGAAAAAGGAGGAAGAAAACUGUGCUGAGAUUUUGUCCCUGGAGGCAAGGAACAGAACGCCUGAAAAUGAUCUCCUCCUAAGCUCAGGCAGAUGUGCUGGGAUGUGGGAUAACAUGAGCUGCUGGCCUUCGUCUGCUGUGGGAUACACUGUCAGUGCUCACUGCCCCAAAUUCUUCCAGAUGCUGACUGGGAAACAAGGUUUUGUCUAUCGAAACUGCACCAUCGAGGGUUGGUCCGAUCCAUAUCCAAGACCAGAUAUUGCUUGUGGCUACAAUGUCAAUGACACAACAAACGAGGCGAGACGUUCCUAUUUCAUGACCCUGAAGACUAUGUACACCAUUGGGUACUGCACCUCCCUGGUGACGCUAACAAUAGCCUUGGUGGUCCUGGCCUCUUUAAGGAGACUUCGCUGUACGAGGAACUACAUCCACAUGCAUCUCUUCACAUCAUUCAUUUUGCGAGCCUCAUCAAAUUUCAUCAAAGAUAAUGUUUUGUUUUCCUCUGAAGACACAAACUACUGUGAAGCAUACACGGCUGGCUGUAAGCUUACCAUGGUCUUCUUUCAGUACUGCAUCAUGUCUAACUACAGCUGGCUCCUCGUAGAGGGACUGUACCUCCACUCUCUCCUGGUCAUUUCCUUCUUCUCAGAAAGGAAGUUCCUUUGGUGGUUCAUCGCCCUUGGAUGGGGUGCCCCAACUGUGUUUGUUGCUGCAUGGGCGACUGCAAGACAGCUCAGUGAAAAUGUUGGGUGUUGGGACAUUAACACAAAUGCCAAUACCUGGUGGAUCAUUAGAGGCCCUGUAGUUCUGUCUAUUUUUGUUAAUUUCAUUCUCUUUGUCGACAUCUUAAGGAUCUUGAUGAGGAAGCUCAGCUCACCUGAAGGACGGAGCAGCGAUUUCAACCAGUACAAGAGACUUGCCAAGUCAACACUUCUCCUCAUCCCACUCUUUGGGGUUCACUACAUCAUCUUUGCUUUCUUCCCCGAAGACGCAAGUAGCGGCACAAUGGAAAUCCAGCUGUUUUUCGAGUUGGCUCUUGGAUCGUUCCAGGGUUUUGUCGUGGCUGUACUUUAUUGUUUUCUUAAUGGUGAGGUUCAGCUGGAAGUUCAGAGAAAAUGGAGGCAGUGGCACUUAAGCAAACACCUGCGCCAGCAGCUCAGCACCUCAGCAAGUAAUGGAGGAAGCGGUGUAACUCAAGAGAUGCAGGUGACCAAAGCGAGUCCACCACAGGACAGGAAGGCAACUUCCCAAAGAUCAAGCAUGCUUUAAUACUGCACUCUUAAGGGACACCUCCAUGUUCAGAUACAUGUGGUUAAACGUCAUGGACUGUGCUGGGAGCCUUGUGUAUAUAUCCCAAGCGGGACUUGGCUGUAGACCAGCACUUCUUGAAGCACAUCUGUUCGUCUAUAUCUUGUGUAGCACCAGAGUUAUUUUGCAAGGCAAAAUGGGCCAAAACAUUAUUCUCUUCUUUGGGUUUCUGACCAUAGUCAUUUAUGUUUCUGUCCACGCUGAUAUUUUUAAGUUGCUAUUUGUACCUUAAAUGUAGCUCCUCAUUUUCUGUGUGGCUCCCUUCCAAUCCUAGGCCAGGCUGGUGGGUUUCAGAUGUUUUGCCUUUCUUCUGCUGUUGAAGCUAGAAGAAUAUUCAGCUUUGCAAGAUGGUAGUUACAAACCAUUCUUUGAUAAAGCCCAUGGGUUUGAUAUGCAAGCCAAUUCAUGCUUAGAAUUUACCAGGGUUCCAAGUCCUUCAGUUGUGGUGGACAAUAUCAGACACAGUGAAUUCAAACCAUGGUCGAGCUUUUGCUUCAGCUGUGACUGCAUAUGCGUUGCUUGGGUACAUUCCAGUGAUGGAGUUUUCUUCCUUUUUCUUUUCUAACAAUAGAGAUCUUUAAAAUAACAGUGGUCCAGUUUGUCUGUUUUUUUUAUACAGUGGUUUUUUGUUUGUUUGUUUGUUUUUGUUUUUUAAGGUAGAAAAAACUAUUUUAGCAAAGUCCAAGAGUGGCCAUGAAAAUUGCCCUUGUUUGAGUCUCAAAAAGAUAAAAGAAUUUGGCUAGCAAUGCAGUCAGGUCUGCUAUUUGUUUCUGUAUUUUUACCCCUUUGAGGCAGUCCUUUCCAGGCAUUCCUUGGGGGCAACGAUGACUGAACGAAAUUCUAUCUGUCACUUUCUCCCUGCUCCUGGUCACACAUAAGACACCGUCAAAACAGACACAGCUCUGCCAAGUGCUGACAAGAGGCAUUCCCCAACUGCUCUGCCAAAACAGGUCACCUGCAGCAAUGGGAGAGCUGAGCUUCUGAGUCCUCAGAAGCAGAGGGGAAAAAAAAAUCAAAUAUAAAGGGGUG